AUGGCAGGUGACAUCGAAAAGAUGUACAGACAGGUGCUCGUGAACGAAAAUCAACGUCACCUACAACAAAUAAUUUGGCGCGACGACCCCUCUCAACCCCUUCAGACAUAUACGCUCAACACGGUGACGUAUGGCACAGCCUCGGCUCCGUUCCUGUCAGUUCGUUGCCUUAAGCAAAUAGCGGACGAAUGUGACAAUGAACUGGUGCGCAAGGUCAUUAGUGAAGACUUUUAUGUUGAUGAUUUGCUGACGGGGCAUGAAACAGCUGAAGGUCUCAUGGAGGUUCGUGCUCUGAUUUCACAGGAACUAUCGUCGGGAUGCUUCAAUUUAAGGAAAUUCCGAUCAAAUCUUCCUGUUUGCAGCGAUGGGUCAGAUCCAAACAGAGAUUCACCCGUCGUUGAUUUGAGUGAGCACCAGCAAUCCAAGACUCUAGGCCUGAAGUGGGCACCGUCAGACGACGUAUUUCAGUUCGACAUUAAAACUGAAACUGUCCCCAACACUACGAAAAGAGUGAUUUUAUCCACAAUUUCUCAAAUAUUCGACCCACUCGGGUUGCUAAGUAUUUUCAUUAUCGCCGGUAAAAUCAUUUUGCAAAAACUUUGGCUGCACAAGCUAGAUUGGGAUAGUCCGCUACCGUCAGAUAUUGUCAAAUCAUGGCUCAAAUUUGUAAUUGACCUAAAACAAUUAGACAAUCUCAACAUUCCUCGGCAUGUUGUAUGCCAGAGUCCAGUCAACAUUCAAUUUCAUGCAUUCUGUGAUUCGUCUAAAGAUGCUUAUGGCGCUUGUGUUUACGUCAGGUCCGUAGAUUUUAAUGGAACUACACAAGUUCGUCUCCUGUGCUCAAAAACACGCGUAGCACCCAUUAAGACGGUGACGAUACCUCGUCUUGAACUUUGCGGAGCAUUGGUAGCUGCCAAGCUGCUAGAAAAGGUUUUAAAAACCACUCGAUUACAUAUAGAUAGUUGCUUUCUUUGGACGGACUCAUCCGUGGUAUUAGGCUGGCUUAAAACACCACCCAAUAAGUUGAAGCCAUUCGUUAAGAAUAGGGUAGCGGACAUCCAAGAAAUCGCAAAAUCAUAUCUCUGGCGACACGUGCCUACGUCUAGCAAUCCCGCCGAUUUAUUAAGUAGAGGCAUUGGUGUCCUUCAAUCGGACAAGGUGGAUCUUUGGUUCAAUGGACCAAAAUUCCUAUUAGAUCCAGAAGAAUCGUGGCCUGAUAGAUCAUUUGAUCAAAGUUCCACAGAACUGCCAGAGGUGAGGUCCAAUGUAGCCUUAACUGCUAAUGAGCCAAGGGAACUAUUCCCAUUUUCUCGAUUCUCAAGUCUCACCAAACUCAAAAAUACAAUGGCUUAUGUUUUACGCUUUGUAACUGUUUGUCGAAGUAAGAAUAAAACCCAGAGUCCACUUUCGUCGUCAGAACAGCAAUCAGCGCUUAACACACUUGUUAAACUGUCACAGAGGGAAUCGUUUGAUGUGUAUGAAUAUUUAAUACAAGGUAAAUCAUUACCACCAAAACACAAGAUGCUUUCUUUAAGUCCGUUUGUGGAUGAAAAGGGUCUCAUUAGAGUAGGGGGUCGAAUCAAAAAUGGUAAUUUUACAUUCGAUAAAAAGCAUCCACUCAUGCUAACGUCGAAACACAUUUUAACCAAACUAAUAUUUCAGUAUGAACAUUUACGUUUAAUGCAUGCAGGGCCUCAACUUUUGCUUUCUUCAAUUCGAGAAGAGUUUUGGCCCAUCGGGGGUCGCAAUCUGGCCCGAUUCACGGUACAUAAAUGUUUACGUUGCUUCCGUCUAAAUGCACAAAUAGCCCGUCCAAUAAUGGGCAAUUUACCUGAGCAGCGCCUCCAGCCUGGCUACCCGUUUUAUACUACAGGAAUGGACUAUGCGGGUCCCCUAAUAGCACUUAAUAAAAGAGGUCGCGGUAGCAAGACCGAAAAAGUGUACAUUGCCAUAUUUAUCUGCUUCGCCACCAAAUGCGUUCAUCUCGAACUCGUUAGCUCCUUAAGUACAGACUCUUUCUUAGCCACGCUAAAUCGCUUCAUUGGUAGACGCUCGAGACCAGCUACCAUAUUUUCUGAUAAUGGAACUCAAUUCGUCGGUGCCCGAAAUGAACUUUAUAAGUUCCUCAACCAAAACGCAAGUUCUAUUGUACGUGAAAUGUCAAAUGAGAGAAUAGACUUUAAAUUCAUACCAGCAUACGCUGCUCAUAUGGCUGGUUUUUGGGAAGCAAACAUUAAAUGUUUAAAAUCACAUUUGCAUCGUGUGUUAGGGAACGCUCAUUUAGUUUUUGAGGACCUUUACACUGUCCUAGUCCAAAUUGAGGCGAUACUCAAUUCACGUCCCCUGACACCGCUGUCGACUGACCCAACUGACUUGACGCCAUUGACUCCAGGGCACUUCUUGGUAGGACGACCGAUGACCGCUUUGCCUACACCUGCGCUUGUAAAUGUCAACACAAAUAGGCUGACGCAAUAUGAAAGACUCGAGCAGCUACGUCAACACUUCUGGGCCAGGUGGCACAAAGGAUACAUUGCUGAACUUCAGCAACGCACUAAAUGGCGCACCUCUAAGGGACAGCAAUUACAAAAGGGAGCUUUAGUCCUGAUUAAAGAAGAAGGUCUUCCGCCUAUGAAGUGGCGUUUGGGACGCAUUGUUGAAGUGUAUCCUGGAACUGAUGGGUGCGUCAGGGUCGCAGACGUUAAAACCGCACGCGGGGUGAUUCGCAGAGGCUUUAACCGUAUCUGCCCGUUACCACUCAACGACGAAGGGUUGAAAGACAAGCCUUUCAACGCCGGGGGGCAUGUUAAGAAUUCAACGGAACAUUCCCCCACCGCGCCGGCGACUGCGGGUAGCUUGGAAAAUUAG